AUGGCUACAUUCACGUGUCGGGUUUAUUUCUUGGAUGACAGAGAUCCAUUCGCCUGUAAUUAUUUAUCAGUACUGGAACCUGUAAAACCAAUAUCAUUUACAUUUUUAAUGGAGCUUCCAUUGAGUAGUCAGUUGCCAGCAAUUCAUAAAAUACUUCGUCCACCACAUCGCCUUGAAGAUAGUGCCCUCCAACUUUAUAAAUUCGGACAAGCGCAGUCAGAGUUUGGAUCUUAUCUUGACCUUGAUUCGACAUUGCAAGAGCAGUGGGAAGACUUGGAAAUAUCAGCUGACCAAGAAAACAGUGUUGUGCUUCGUACUAAAUUAGUUGUUCGUGUCAAAGCAAUUAUUGAAAAAUUAUUAGAUUCUAAUGGUCGAGAGUUGAAGCGUUCACUUUUCUCAUUGAAACAAAUAUUCCAGGAUGAUAAAGAUCUUGUACAUGAAUUUGUGACUCAUUCCGGCCUGGAUUGUUUAGUCAAUGUUGGCUCUAGGUCAGAUCAGAAUAUCCAGAAUUACAUCCUGCGUGCUUUGGGACAGAUUAUGCUUUAUGUUGAUGGGAUGGCUGGAGUUAUUGAACAUCCAAAUAUUUUACGGUGGUUAUACUCUCUGUUAACAUCAAAAUUCCGUCUAGUAACGAAGACAGCAAUCAAAUUACAAUUGUUGUUUGUCGAUUAUGCUGAGAUGAAUGCAAUGAUUUUCGUCAAGUCUGUUGAAGCUUAUCAUGCUAGUACCCCUUUAUCUGGUCGACCAUGGUCGUACAUAAUUAAUAUAUUGAACAAUGAAGCAAGUGAUUCUGAAUUGUUGGUCUAUGCAAUGACCUUAUUGAAUAAGACAUUGAAUUCCAUUCCAGAUCAGGAUACAUUCUAUGAUGUUACAGAUUGUUUAGAAGAGAUGGGUAUGCAGAAAAUUGUCCAGUGUCAUCUUAGCAAAAAGAACUGUGAUCCUGAAUUAGCUGAACAAUUAAAUCUGUAUGAAGCAAGUUUACGCUAUGAAGACGGGGAAGAUGUUGAUGAAUUACCAUUGCCAGCAAGUGGUCGUGAAAGUCUACGUCAAGUGAGACGAAUGAGUCGUGAUCAAUAUCUGAAAACACCUGAAGGCGAAGCACUAUUAUCCUCUAUGCAUGCGCUACCCAUAAGUCAGUCAAUGGCAUGUGAAAUGGAUCGAGCACUGUCACGUAAAUCAAAACGUUAUCAGUCUGUAGAAAAUCUUCAGCACGCUGGAAUGCCUAAAAAAGUUUCUCAUGCAAGCUUUCAUCCUUCGACAAAACACAAUGAACCGAAGUCAUCAAAUGUCUUUUCAUCAUCACGCGAGAGCAAACAUGAUGACAAUUUGGGUAAAGAUAGUAAAAGAAAGCCGGAAAUGAAUGGUCAUAUUGAUGAUUCUCAUGAUAACAUUAGGAAACUCCAAGAUGUCAGUUAUGUCAGUGAUGAAUGUGAAAAUUACAAGCGAAAAUUAUCGUCACCAUCACUUAUUAUCCAUCACCCGACUAUUGUUCACUUACCGCAUUCACAGUAUAAUAAACAAGAGCAAGUUAAUCACAACACCAUCACCACCCCGAACACCACUACCAACGCAGCCUCAAUUAAUAAUGGUCAGGCAGACAAAACGAAUACUAUUAUUAUUACUAACAGCGAUCUUACUACGACAUGCUCUAGUCAGCCUUCAAAGCGUAUUACACUUUUGUAUGAAGAACAAUUGACUAUUGAUGAAAUCGAUGUGACUGAUGAUGAUUAUGUGAAAGAUACGACUGAAACAUCCAGUAGUCAUGAUGAACCUGUCGAUGAUCUCAAGGGAAAGGUGAUCAUUGUCCCCGAGGGUCCAGUCGCUGGAUCAUUGAAGAAUAAAAUUGAAGCACUUACUCGAGCCUCUCAAAAACAAUCGGAACCUAGUACUCCUCCUGUCACAAACAGUACACCAGCCGUAUCACCAAAUAAAGUCAGCAGUAUACAAGCGCUAAAAGAGAAGCAUUCAUCCUUUGAAAAAGUGGAAGAACCGCCAAAGCCACAAACACCACGUGAAAGAACUGGUAAGAUUCUAUCAGUUAAGGAUCGUUUCGAAUCAGGCAUAGCAUCGAAGCCACCAAGCGCUCCGGGCGCAACAUUACCUGUUAAAAAGAGUAAUGCAGAACCAACAGCAGCAACACCCACCACUACAAUUCUAGCUGAAACUGAAAACAAUGUCGAGACAUUUUGGCAACGUUGUUUAGACAAGGUUAAACGGCGUCCUCUACGGUUGAAAGAUUUAGACUUCACAGAUCUUGAAGCUGAAGAACAAGAGGAAAUUCAAACAUCGACAAGUUCCGGACCACCGCCUGCGCCGCCACCACUUGGUCUCAACCUCCCUCCUCCCCCGCCACCACCACCUGGAGGCGGUUUUGGUGCGCCUCCCCCACCGCCACCGCCACCUCCAGGAGGUGCUCCCCCUCCACCUCCUCCUGGACUAGGUGGUCCUCCUCCCCCGCCACCCGCUCCUGGUGCUGCCGGACAAACAGCUGUUCCAUCCAACCUACCACCAGCUCCUGGUACAGAGCUUCCCAAGUCGAAAAAGACUAUUCGUCUCCAUUGGACUGAAUGGAAACCAACACCGAAAGACUUGAAAAUGAUUGCAGCAGUUAAACCACAAACAUCUAUUGAUAAACCGGACAGUGUUUCUGGUGUAGGCAGUAGAUUUUUGUCGUCUCUGUCGGCUAAGCAAGCGAAUAAAGAAGUUAAAAAAGACAUUAAAGAUAUUGCGAAAUCGACUGUAUGGUCAGAACUUGUACCCGUGAAAUUAGAUCCAGACUUUUUGGAGGAAACGUUUGAAAAUCGUUCUGCUGAUGUAAAAAUAAAGAAACAAGAAGUCGCUGUAAAGAAGAUUGAAGUGUUAGAUAUGAAACGUUCAAAUGCAAUAAAUAUCGGUUUGAAGGUGUUACCUCCACCGCGUACAAUCAGUUCAGCUAUUUUAAAAAUGGAUCAGUCUAUUAUUAACAGAGAAGGAAUUGAGAAACUCCUGACAACAAUGUUGCCUACUGAAGAAGAAUGUGAAGCUAUCAUGAAGGCUAAGGCGGAACAGGAUGGUUUACCACUUGGACAAGCUGAACAGUUCCUAGUUACACUGUCGGCGAUAAAUCAUUUGAAACCGCGUUUAGAAUUAUGGUUGUUUAAAUUGGACUAUGAACAAAGUGAAAAAGAAAUAGCUGAACCAUUGAAUGAUUUAAAACAGGCUGUCACAGAGAUAAUCAACUGUAAAACUCUUCGAUAUGUUCUAUCAGUUCUGCUGGCUAUUGGUAAUUUUUUGAAUGGUUCAACUGCUCGAGGAUUCACUCUCGAUUAUUUGGGUCGUCUUCCUGAAGUGAAAGACACUAAAUAUAAAAACAGUUUAUUACAUCAUGUAUGCUGUAUAGUGUUAGACCAAUUCCCCGAUGGUACAGACCUUCACUCAGAAUUGGGUGCAUUAUGCCGCUGUCAUCGUGUUGACUGGGAUGAAUUGCCUAAACGACUGGAGAAAUUAGAGACAGACAGUAAACGUGCUUGGGAACAUUAUCGUUUAAUAUUCAGUUCUGAAAAAGAGUCAAGCAAAAAUGCCAAACUUUCAGAAUUUCUGACUGAUGCCAUGGAACGGGUUAUCUGUUUACAAAUGGUCUAUAGACGAAUGAGUGCAAGAUUUCGACAUACUCUGGAGUAUUUAGGCUACAGUCCAGCAAGAGCAUCCAGUACUUCAGUUGGCUAUUUCUGUCGUAUUCUAGCUGAAUUCGCCCUGGAAUAUAGAACAACACGAGAGAAGAUAAUUGAAGGCCGUGAGAAGAAGGCGUUGGCACGAGAACGUAAACGUACAAGAGGAAAGUUGAUAGUUGAUGUACCCGGUAUACGUGGUGCACCAAAUGAUCUUGUACAGUCGAAGGAUGAUGCAGAACUACGUGAUCUACUCCUGCGGCCAGCAAAUGAAACAGACUCUGAUACCUCCUCAUUCACAGCGACUAUAAGACGACGUCUACAUACACCUGGACCAGCUCCUCGACGAUUGGCGCCGAAUCGUGGACGUAGUCCAGGUAUAGCCUGUGAAGCUUCCGACGCUUCAAUGGAAGCAUUAGAUCAAGAACAAGAUAUUCUCUUGGAUGCCUGUUUACGUGCCAGUACACCAUCCAUUAAUUCGCAUGGUGCUAUGGGUAGACGUGCUCCACCCAAAGAUCGUAGAAGACCUUCAGAUCGAUCGAGAUUUUCAGGUAUGUCAUGGUGUAAAUUUCAUAGUAGGCAUGUACUGCAUAUCUUAAUAGAUUAUAUUUGCAGACUAUACUUUGAGCUGUUAUAUGAACCUAUUGCUUAUGGGUUUAAAUAUAUCACCCUAACAGUCUGUUAAAAUCUCAUUAUCGUGGGAUAGUGAAAGCGAAUCGAGUGCUCAGAGUAAUGUAUCCUCGCUACCUUGUUUGUGUAUUACAUUGAACGUUCAUUGCUUACUGUAGACAGAGUGUCGUUUCAACGUGAUAAAGUACUGCAUUUCAGCCGACAGUAAAUGACUUUCAACCUAUUUUCUUUUUCUAGUCAUAAGUAAAUGUAGAAUUAUAAGGCAUAAUAAUAAAUAUGAAAGGAAAAAAAGUAAGGACGACUACCAAGCAUCACCGAAAAUCUCA